GAGUUGGUACUGGGUGCCUCGUUGUUGACAUGUGCUUGAGGCGGGACGUGGGGAACAGUGGGCCUUGGCCCGCGCCGUGACCCCCACGGGGGACCCGGAAAAAGCCCCUGUACCCUUUCGCUGCUUUUGCGACCCUGCUACCGCACCUCGCAACCUCCCACCCUCCAAACACAGGCCACGCGACUCCUUCGAAUCGGACUGGGACGUGGUGGGCACCGAAACCGACAACAACGUGCUAUCCGCCGCGGGGGCCGCGCUCUACUCGCACGCCGCCAUUACCGUGCCCUCGGGCGCGGAGGGAGGUGUGGCCUCACUGGCCUCCGCCCAAGGCGGAGUCAGGCCGGCUGGCGUUACGUCGCCGCUGGCGGCGAUUGCGCCGCCACGGAGAUCUGGUGGCGACGGCGGCGGCGGCAGCGCACCACGGAACGCGGGCGGCCCGGCGCCACCGUCAUGUUCUAGCCGUGAGCUUCCGAGCGUGGUGCAACGUCCGCAACGUCCGCAGGGGCGGGGACAGCAGCAAAAGCAACAACCGGGGCGGGAGCAGCAGCUGAUGGCUGGCAGGGAUGAUGAUGCUGAGGAGGAGGACGAAGCAGAUGGGGGCCGCGGUGACGAUGGCGACGCUGAAGCAGGGUUGCAGCAUCAACAUCAACAACAUCAGCAGCAGCAGGCGCGACCAGCGCUGGUGCAGUUCCAUGGCCUGGCGCGCUCGGCGUCAACGGGCGGCAACGGCUCCAACGAGAUCUCGUUCAAUCAGUCGGCGGUGGCGGCGGUGAUUGCAGCCGCGUCGGCGUCGCGAGCGACGGACGACAGUCUCGCCGGCGAGGGCGAUGCGGCCGACGCCGCGGCGACGCCGUCGCCAUCUAAAAAGAGCGCUCGCGGCUCUUCACCUGCCCCGGAGGAUCUCCUGACGGCGCAGAUGAUCGCGCUGCAAGAUCGCAUCAAGGCCCUAACGGAUGAAGAUCUGCUCAAUCCAUCAGCCAAACUGAGCUUCGUCUCGCCUCCGCCCGUGCCCUCAGCAACUGCCCUGGCAAGCCACCUGUCCAGCCACCAAUCGCCCUCCGGUCCCAUGCCCUUCAUGCUAGCCGGCGACAGCGGCUUCGGAGCGUUAGCAGGAGGAGCCGGAGGAGCCGGGGCAGGAAUGAUGGACGUGUCGCCGCCGCAAGGUUUCAUGCCCUCCUCUCCUCGCGUCUACCACCCUCCUCAACAACAUCAACAUCAACACUACCCUCAGCACCAUCAGCAACAGCAGCAGCAGCAGAACUACCAAUUGUACCCUCAGCAACAGUUCCUGCAGCAGCAACACCCUCAGCAGCAGCACUAUCUGGGGCAUCUCGGCCUAGGCAACUCCCCGCCGCCUCAUUCCCCGCCGCCAGCAGCCCCCGUGGGCGCCCUCGACGCGCUGAGCGCCUUCCUCGGCAGUACAACCUCCCGUUCGUUUAGCGUGUACGACACAGGUGGCGGCGGCAGCGCCGGCAUGCUGUACAACGCGACCGCUGGCGGCGGACCCGUCAGCGGUCGCGUCGCCGGCUUCGUCGCCGGGUCGGUGGGGCCCCCCGGGAGCGGCCCCAACAGCAACAACCGAGGCUCAUCCGCCGCCGCCGCCGCACCCAUUAGCGCCGUCGCCGCCGCCGCCGCCGCCGCCGCCGUUGGCGGCGGCGGCCCUCGCAGCUUGCAUUCCGUCGUACAAGAUGAUGGUUUCACCACUGCACAUUUGCAGCUGGGCGGCUCCAGCCACAGGCUGGCGUCUAGUCACCUUGGGCCGGUGACCAGCAACAGCAGCUUCCUCUCAGGCAGGCCUGCAGGGCCGGGCAGCGACGACCCUGGCGCUCUGUUUCUGACUCGGGAGGACACGGGCGGGCUGGGGCCCUCCUCCAGGGUGGUGAUGAGGUCGCUGGAGCAGGUGGCGGGCGCUGUGGUGGGCGCGCGGGCGGAUAGCGGAAAAGGUACGUGUACGAGUUUCUCCACUGCGGACGGUAGUCUGGGUGACAGACCCAUGGGUCUGUCCACCAUGUCCUCCACAAAACGCGAGGCAGGUGGCAGCACCUCCGCACCGGCUACCGCGGCCGGUCUAGACGACGAACUGCCGGACGAUCCGGACUCGUCCAAGCCACUCGCCCCGAUCACGGCGCCGCCUGCGGGCUUGGGCGCCAAACGUUUCACGCUUGCAGCGGCGCUGGUCCGAAUCCAAACAGAGAUGCAGCAAACCAUAAAAACACCCGCCGCCGAGACCAUCACAACCGCCGCUGGCGCCGCCGGCGCCGCCACUGCAACAUCCACCAUGUCAAUUGAAACUCCGUCCAGCAAUGGCGGAGCUCCCACCGCCACCGCCUCAGGUGCCGGCGGCGGAGCGCCUUCCGUACUGCCCCGCUUCGCGGCCGCGAGCUCGCCUGCUGCCCUGAUGGGCCCGCCGACAAUGGGCGCCGGCGGCGGAGGCGGCGCCGGAUGGGUCGGUCCCGGCGACGGAGGCGGAGGCGCUUGGACUACCUCCGUCGCCACCUCCGGCACUUCAGCGGCGUCGGCGGCGGCCGUGGCGUUAGGUCGCGGUGGCAUUCGUGACAUGAACGUGUCCAGUGAUCGGGGUAUCGCUGCGCGCGGCGGCAGCUUACCUCGGCAACUCGGCGGCAGCAGCCAGGGUGUCGUCUCAGGGGGGCUGGGGGUGUCAACUGGGGAAGGAGCUUGGCGUGCUGGUGGUGGUGGUGGUGGUGGUGUGUUAAUGCAGUUGGCGGCGCAGCAGCAGUAUCAACAACAACAGCAGCAACAGCAUCAUCAACAGCAUCAACAACAGCAGCAGCUAUUCCUGCAGCAGCACCAGCAGCAGCAAAUGGUUCCCGACAAUCCAGACUUUGUGUUGCAACAGCUGCUGAACAGCGGCCCCCCGGGGCAGCAAACCCAGUUCCCGACGCCACAUCAGUUGCAGCAGUACUACCUGCAGCAGCAGCAGCAACAGCAACAUCAGCAGCAACAGCAACAAUCACAGCAGCAACAACACCAGCGGAGCCUAUUACCACAGAACUCAUCUUCCCUGUCGCCCACACAUCAACAACAGAAUCACUCCUUCCAGCACCAGCAGCAACAACACCUGCAGCAGCAACAACAGCAACCCCCGCAGCAACCGCAGCAGCAGCAGCAGUACCCCUCUCAACAGCAGUGGCAGCUGCAACAGCAGCAACUACAACAGCUGCAGCACCAACAGCACUUGCAAGCGCAGCUAGGAAUAGCAGGCGUGGCCGGAACGCCCAUCCAUGGCCUCCUCUCCGACAGCAUACGGGGCACCAGACCCGGCGGGGAUGCAGCCCUCAGCUCCCGUCGUUUCUCCACGGACUAUCUGUACGACGAGUUCUUUAGUAACGCCCUCCUGCAGUACGACAUGCAAGCCCUGGGUCCGUCACUUGCCGGGUCGGGCUUACCUGCCAGCGCUUCCGAAGGUCCGGAUGCGGGGGGCCCUUCAUCGUCUGCUGCGUCAAUCAUGGCUUCCACGUACGGUCGCGGCAGCGGCCAAACCGCCCCUCUAACGCCGCCGCCACUAACGUCGCCAGCCGCGCAAGUUGCCGGUAUGGUGACCCAUGGGCCGGGGCCGCCGCCCGUUCACAGUCGCAGCGUGCGAAGGAACGUAAGCACGGAAUCGCUGCGGAUACAGGCGGCGCAUCGGUCGAUGGAGGGAAGGGCCGCCGCCGCCGCGGCGGCAGCGGCAAGCGCCGGUGGCGCUGGCGCCGCUGGCGGCGUUGGCUUGAAUCCCUCCAGCCUGAUGCAGUGGAGCAGCUCCUCUAUGAUGUCACCCUUCACCACGUCACCGCCCGCACCCUCCGCCUCCCAGCAACGCCUGCCAGGUGGUCCCAUGAUGGUGGGGACUGCACCUUAUCAACCUCCCCGGGGCGCUGCAGCGAUCCUAUUCCAGCAGCAGCAGCAGCAGCAGCAGCAGCAACAUGACAGCCCGGGUUCCAGUGACGGACGUUGGCCCUCCAGUGAACCCACAUUGCGUCAUGCAACGCCCGAGGGUGCCGCUGCGGCGGCUGCAGCGGCAGCGGAGACGGUGGCCUCUGCAAUGGCAAUGGCCACGGCGACGGCGAGCAAUCCAUCGGAGGACAACGCGCCGGCACCCAUGCAAGGACAAGCAUCCACACCGUCGAGUGCGUUGAUGACGACCCAUGGGUCACUCCGCACGCAAGGGCCUCACUCAGGCGGCCCAAUGGCGGCGGCGUUGCCAGGCGCAGCAGCAGCAGCAGCAGCCAAUGGCAGUGGCCGCUUCGCGGGCAGCUCAGCGGAGGGGUCGCAGCAGGCGGCGUCUCCGGCACAUUUCGGGCACCAUGUCGUCACAGCGGCUAGCGGCGUCGGUGUCGGCGUCGGCGUCAGCAGCUGGCUCCUGGCGGAGGGGUCCUCUGCCGUACGUAGGACGGCAACGCAGGACGCGGGGGGCACCACCAGCACCUCCGCUGCUGCUGCUGCUACUGGGAUGAUGAUGCCGACCACCUCACGGACCAUGACGGCGGGGUUCUUGGGUGGCGGCGGCGGCGGCAGCACAGCCAACAUGCAGGUCGUGCAAGCGGUCGCAGGCGGUGCCGGUGCACGCAGCGUCGCCAACCAGCCGACGCAGCGUACGGCCACAGAUGAUGUGGUGGCAGGUCUGAUGGAGAGCGUGCUGCGGUCCGGUGCGGCGUCGGUGUUGGUAGAGGAGGGCAGCGGCGCCGGCGGCGGCGGCGGCGGCGGUGGUGGUGCUGUCGCAAGUAGCUAUGAGCUGGAUGCGGGCGGGGACGUGGCAGCGGCGGGGGGUGCUUCAGCGCCGGGUACUCCUCUGGGAUGCCCAUCUGGCCUGCCUUUCAUGCCGUCAGGGGGUGUUGCGGGUCGGCCCUUUCCAUCCCCCCCUGGUAGCACCACUAGUUACCUGUCACCGUCGUCAAGCGCUGCCGGACAGCCUGUACUACCGCAAGCGCAGCAGCAGCAGCAGCAGCAGCCACCGCAGCCACCACCGCAGCAGGGAUGGGGCGGCGCGGCUACGGCAGGCGGAGUAGCAGCCAUGAACGGAGCUGGAGCACCGGAGUUGCUACCUGGGCUUGCAUCAGCGGCAGCGGCAGGGGCGCAGGCGCACCUGACAUCGACGUUGCUGCAGCAGCGGAGCGUCUCGGGAGCAGGGGGCGCAGCGGCGGCCGCUGUCUCCGCCGCCGUGGUGGCAGCAGCUGCUGCUGGCGGCAGUUUGUCGUUGGAGUCCCUGCGGGCCAUUUGUGAGGAGUCGAGACAGCCGCUGCUGCCGCUACUGCAAGCAGCGGAGCAGCAACUGCUUCUCAGCACCCCGCAGCAGCAGCAGCAACAGCAACAACAACAGCACUACUCCUCGGUAGAAUCACAGCAGCCGCAACACCACCAACAACAGCAACAGCAACAACAGCUGCCGUGGGAAGGUGUUGCGGCAGUGCCUGGUUUCGGUGUUGGCAUGGGCGUGGGAGCUCCUCGACCCCCGUACGAAGCAGGGGAAGUGUUGUUGCUGGCUGCGGGGGGGGUGGUCGUGCUGUUCAACCUGGUUAUUAUCGUCUACGUGCUCGUUAGCAUGCAGCUGCUGCUGGAGAGG